GAGUUCACAGAAAUUGGAUAGGAAAUAGACAAGAAAACACAAACAACCGAACGAAGCCAGCGACACAACUCACCACCUUCACCACCCUUCUUUUGGUGCUAAACAAAGACUUCCAUAGUAGUUCAUUUGAAAAACCUGAUUUGAGCAACAAUCAGCUUGCAUAGACACGCAAAGCAAGCAUCAUGCCUCUCUUUACGGAUCGGCGAUCGUCGGCGUCGAUMUCGUACUCCGUCCCACUUAACGACACCAGUAGCGAAGAAGAAGAACCAGAAAGUACCGUCCAAGAAGUACCAUGCGGAACCGUUCAGGAAGUACCGAAUACAAGAAGCAAGAAGCGAAGGAAUCUGGGCCUACUGGGGAGACUUCGCUGCUUCCAAAAGCCGCCGCAGAUAAAUCCCGGUGACUAUCAUAACCACAACUUCAUGCCCCCGCCAAGCAUACCGAGAGAGAUCACGACGYGUCAGCACCGAAGACGGGCGGCGGUCUUCUGCGGGUUUUGUGACAUGCGYAUCGCCUCCGUCCUGCUCAACGUUUUGCACAUGUCGGUAGCGAUCAUCGUGGAGAUCUCCGAGGCCUSCAAGUGGGGGAACCGAAAUUAUUUUGAGGAGCCACCUAUYCUCCUCCUGAUGGUGCUAGCCUGCUCUGGCGUAGGAAUGCUCGGGGCUCUCCACUUUGGCCCCAGCGCGGUGCUGUUCUCGUCAAUCGGCCUCUGCGGUCUCUCCUAUUUGUACUUUGCCGAGAUGAAACUUCUUGGGCUUGUUCUAGCCUGUUCCAUUAUCGCAGCGCAGUUGGUCUUGUUUCUAGAGAUGAUGUGCGGKAUCAUGACACCGGACACGUACGCCAUGGAAGAGUACAUCGACGACGACGGGAGGAAAAUUCUCGAAACGGUCCACGGCUUGUCGGUCGACAUUGGCGAAACUGCCGUCGAGUUUGCAGAGGAGGUUGCCAUUGCCAUGGACCAACAAAAACCUGAWUCAUCGUCCUCGUCUACUUCGUCGGCAUCUUCCUCGUCGAUGCGCCGAGAKGGAAACGAAGAAUGCUAGCGACGAGCGGCUAUUUUUGUAUAUUCAUAAUCCACCCCUUUGACACGACAAAUACCCUCUAUACCUUGAACGAAUGRAAGGAGUAUUACACCAAAAUGUUUUGAAUCGAUUUCCCCUGUCCCCAAUCGAAGGUUUGGAAUCUCAACGCGUAGAAUUUUGCUCUGUAUUGUCAAAAUUGYUUCGCAGCGAUGCCAGUUACAGUAAUCUCUGGAAAAGGUUCGGAAACACUUUUGAUGAAUGGAUCGUACAUUUGAAGUGCAUUAAUCUAAAUAAUAUCGCUAAUCAGAA